AUCAAAAAAAUUUCUAAUAAUAUUUUUUUAAUAAUAUUAAUUUUUGGAACAUUACUUACUAUUUCUUCUAAUUCUUGAUUAGGAGCAUGAAUAGGUUUAGAAAUUAAUUUAUUAUCAUUUAUCCCCCUAAUAAAUGAUAAUAAAAAAAAUUUAUUAACCUCAGAAAGUUCUUUAAAAUAUUUUUUAACUCAAGCUUUUGCUUCUUCAAUUUUAUUAUUUGCAAUUAUUAUAUUAAUAUUUUUUUAUAAUAAUAAUAUAAUUUUAUAUAAUUCAUUUAAUGAAACUUUAAUUUUAUCAACUUUACUAUUAAAAAGUGGGGCUGCUCCUUUUCAUUUUUGAUUUCCAGAAGUAAUAGAAGGAUUAUCUUGAGUUAAUAGAUUAAUUUUAAUAACAUGACAAAAAAUUGCUCCUUUAAUAUUAAUUUCUUAUAAUUUUAUUUAUAAAUUUUUUAUAUUUACAAUUAUUCUAUCAAUAUUAAUUGGAUCAUUAGGAGGAUUAAAUCAAACUUCUAUUCGAAAAUUAAUAGCAUUUUCUUCUAUUAAUCAUUUAGGUUGAAUAUUAAUAGCAAUAAUAAAUAAUGAAAUACUAUGAAUAUUUUAUUUUUUAUUAUAUUCUUUUCUUUCUUUUUCUAUUGUUUUUAUAUUCAAUAACUUUAAAUUAUUUUAUUUUAAUCAAAUUUUUAAUAUAUCAUUAAUAAAUCCAAUUACAAAACUUUUUAUUUUUUUAAAUUUAUUAUCUUUAGGAGGAUUACCUCCAUUUUUAGGAUUUUUACCAAAAUGAUUAGUUAUUCAAAAUUUAAUAACAAUAAAUCAGACAUUUAUUUUAAUUAUUAGAGUUUGUUUUUCUUUAAUUACUUUAUAUUUUUAUUUACGGUUAUCAUAUAGUGUUUUUAUACUUAAUUAUCAAAAAAAUUCUUGACUUUUAAAAAAUAAUUUUAAUAAUAAAAUAUCUUUAAUUAGAUUAAUUUUUAAUUUUAUUUCUAUUAGAGGAUUAAUAAUAAUAUCAAUAUUUUAUAUUAUUAUUUAA